AUGUUGUUGCCUUACAGGGAGUGGAUACUCAACAUGUUCAGUCCUAGGCGUCAGCGGUUUGCUCUGGAGAAGUGGAGUGAGAGCACAGCCCUGAGCAUGAGCUCCAGAGGCAAUGCUCAACUACUAACACACUUUGUUCUCUCUCUGUUUUCAGUUAAAAAAGCCAAGUUUGAUGGGCCCCAAGAGAAGUUCAACACCUACGUGACGCUGAAGGUGCAGAAUGUCAAGAGCACGACCAUUGCCGUGCGCGGGAACCUGCCGUGCUGGGAGCAGGACUUCAUGUUCGAGAUCAACCGCCUGGACUUGGGGCUGACGGUGGAAGUGUGGAACAAGGGGCUGAUCUGGGACACCAUGGUGGGCACCGUAUGGAUCCCCUUGAGGACCAUCCGGCAGUCCAAUGAGGAGGGCCCCGGGGAAUGGCUCACCCUGGACUCCCAGGUCAUCAUGACCGACAACGAGAUCUCUGGAACCAAGGACCCCACCUUCCACCGCAUCCUCCUGGACACCCGCUUUGAGCUGCCACUUGACAUCCCCGAGGAGGAGGCCAGGUACUGGGCCAAGAAGCUGGAGCAGCUGAAUGCGAUGAGGGACCAGGAUGAUUACUCCUUCCAGGAGGAGCAGGAGAAGCCACUCCCCGUGCACGGCUCCCAGUGCUGCAACUGGAAUUAUUUUGGCUGGGGAGAACAACAGAAUGACGACCCUGACAGCACCGUGGAUGACCGGGACAGCGACUACCGAAGUGAGACCAGCAAUAGCAUCCCACCUCCCUAUUACACCACCUCCCAGCCCAAUGCCUCGGUCCACCAGUAUCCCAUGAGGCACCAGCAGCAGAGCUCCCGGGACUCGUACACGGAUUCCAUGCAGAGCUACGAGAUGGACUAUUCGGAUCAGCGGCCCAUCAGACGCUACGAUAGCGUAGAUUCUGCCACAAACGGGCGCAGCGACGCUGAGUCCGCUUCCGAGUCAAGCAGGCGGACCAGCCGCCAGUACUCCCUUGAGAGCAGGCGGUCCCUAGACCUAUCUGAUAGCCCCACUGGGAGCAGCCGCUACGCCUCCUCUGGGGAGCUGAGCCAAGGGAGCUCCCAGCUCAGUGACGACUUCGACCCCGACGAGAGCCUGCGGGGCUCAGAGAUCGACGAGCGGGAUGGGGACUCCUACCACUCCUGCCACAGCUCGGUCAGCUACCACAAGGACUCACCCCGCUGGGAGGAGGAAGACGAUGACCUCUACUUGGAAGAAGAGGACGAGUUCAAUGAGGACUACAGCGAGAAUGAGGAGGACUACCCCAAGGCCGAGGAAGGCAAGCUGCAGGGCCGUGAGGCGUACGAGUCCGAGCCCUUGGAACGAGAGCCCUACCAGCAGCAGAAGCAGCCGGGGCAGCUGCAGCAGCAACAGCAGGAGUCGCUGCAACAGAAGCCGCAGCUGCAGCAACAGGUCCCGCCACAGAAGCAGCAACAGGCGCCGCAGCAAGCGCAGCUACAGGUGCAGCAGGUGCAAGGGCAGCAGCAGGUGCAGCAGGAGAGGAAAGAGGAGAAGGCAGGUUAUGCCCUAGAGGAGACUCCAGACGUCCCCCAGGAAAAGCUGGCAGAGGAGCAGCCCCCAGUCCCAGAGAAGGGACAAGAGCCUGAGCCCCCCAAACCAGAAGAGAGUUACAGAGCGAGGGAGGAAGUGGAAGUUCAGGAUGCCAAAUCCCGAGCCAAAGCCAACUGGCUGAGGGCAUUCAACAAAGUCUGCAUGCAGCUGCAAGAGGCUCGAGGUGCUGGAGAAGCUAAGUCUCUCUGGUUCAAAGGCGGGCCUGGCGGUGGGCUAAUCAUUAUUGACAGCAUGCCCGACAUACGCAGGAGAAAGCCCAUCCCCCUAGUUAGUGAUUUGGCCAUGUCCUUGGUCCAGUCCAGGAAAGCUGGUAUCACGUCAGCAUUAGCAUCAAGCACCUUAAACAAUGAAGAGCUAAAAAACCAUGUUUACAAGAAGACCCUUCAAGCCUUAAUCUACCCCAUCUCUUGCACAACCCCCCACAACUUCGAGGUGUGGACCGCAACCACACCCACCUACUGCUAUGAGUGCGAGGGCUUGCUGUGGGGCAUUGCUCGGCAGGGCAUGCGCUGUACGGAGUGUGGGGUGAAGUGCCACGAGAAGUGCCAAGACCUGCUCAAUGCAGACUGCCUACAGAGAGCAGCUGAGAAGAGCUCCAAGCACGGGGCAGAGGACCGGACCCAGAACAUCAUCAUGGUGCUCAAGGACCGCAUGAAGAUUCGGGAGCGGAACAAGCCUGAGAUCUUCGAGCUGAUCCAGGAAGUCUUCGGCGUCUCCAAAGCCACCCACACGCAGCAGAUGAAGGCGGUGAAGCAGAGCGUGCUGGAUGGCACCUCCAAAUGGUCGGCCAAGAUCAGCAUCACGGUUGUUUGUGCCCAGGGCCUGCAGGCAAAGGAUAAGACAGGCUCCAGUGACCCGUAUGUUACUGUCCAGGUUGGAAAGACGAAAAAAAGGACUAAAACUAUCUACGGAAAUCUAAACCCCGUCUGGGAGGAGAAUUUCCAUUUCGAAUGCCAUAACUCCUCUGAUCGGAUCAAGGUCCGGGUCUGGGAUGAAGACGAUGACAUCAAGUCUCGUGUCAAGCAGCGCUUUAAGAGGGAGUCCGACGACUUCCUGGGACAGACGAUCAUAGAGGUCCGAACACUGAGUGGCGAGAUGGAUGUCUGGUACAACCUAGACAAGCGGACGGACAAGUCAGCCGUGUCUGGAGCCAUCCGGCUUCACAUCAGUGUGGAAAUAAAGGGGGAGGAGAAGGUGGCUCCAUACCAUGUGCAGUACACGUGCCUACAUGAGAACCUCUUCCACUUCGUGACGGACUUACAAAACAGCGGGGUGGUGAAGAUCCCCGAUGCCAAGGGGGACGAUGCCUGGAAGGUGUACUUCGAUGAGACGGCCCAGGAGAUCGUGGAUGAGUUUGCCAUGCGGUACGGGGUGGAGUCCAUCUACCAGGCCAUGACCCACUUUGCCUGCCUGUCCUCUAAAUACAUGUGUCCCGGAGUGCCGGCGGUGAUGAGCACCCUGCUCGCCAACAUCAACGCUUACUAUGCACAUACCACUGCCUCCACCAACGUGUCUGCCUCCGACCGCUUUGCUGCUUCCAAUUUCGGGAAAGAGCGCUUCGUCAAGCUGCUGGACCAGCUGCACAAUUCGCUCCGGAUUGACCUGUCCAUGUACCGGAAUAACUUCCCUGCCAGCAGCCCUGAAAGGCUACAGGAUCUCAAGUCGACAGUGGAUCUGUUAACCAGCAUCACCUUCUUCCGAAUGAAGGUCCAGGAGCUACAGAGCCCUCCCCGUGCCAGCCAAGUAGUGAAGGACUGCGUGAAAGCCUGCCUCAACUCCACCUAUGAAUACAUCUUCAACAACUGUCACGAGCUGUACAGCCGGGAGUACCAGACAGAUCCCACAAAGAAAGGUGAGGUGCCCCCUGAGGAGCAGGGACCCAGCAUCAAGAACCUGGAUUUCUGGUCCAAACUCAUCACGCUGAUUGUCUCAAUUAUUGAAGAGGAUAAGAACUCCUACACGCCCUGUCUGAACCAGUUCCCCCAGGAGCUGAACGUGGGCAAGAUCAGUGCUGAAGUGAUGUGGAACCUCUUUGCUCAGGACAUGAAGUAUGCAAUGGAAGAGCACGACAAGCACCGCCUGUGCAAGAGCGCUGACUACAUGAACCUGCACUUCAAGGUGAAGUGGCUCUACAACGAGUAUGUGACCGAGCUGCCUUCCUUCAAGAGCCGGGUGCCUGAGUACCCUGCGUGGUUCGAGCCUUUUGUUAUCCAGUGGCUGGAUGAGAACGAGGAGGUGUCCCGGGAUUUCCUGCACGGAGCACUGGAGAGGGACAAGAAGGACGGGUUCCAGCAAACGUCUGAGCACGCGCUCUUCUCCUGCUCCGUGGUGGACGUCUUCUCCCAGCUGAACCAGAGCUUUGAGAUCAUCAAGAAGCUGGAGUGCCCUGACCCGCAGAUUGUGGGACACUACAUGCGGAGGUUUGCCAAGACCAUCAGCAACGUGUUGCUGCAGUACGCUGAGAUCAUCUCUAAAGAUUUCGCCUUGCACUGCUCCAAGGAGAAAGAGAAAGUGCCCUGCAUCCUGAUGAACAACAUCCAGCAGCUUCGUGUCCAGCUGGAGAAGAUGUUUGAGGCCAUGGGGGGAAAGGAGCUGGAUGCAGAGGCCAGUGACAUCCUCAAGGAGCUGCAAGUGAAGCUCAAUAAUGUCCUGGAUGAACUGAGCAGAGUUUUUGCAACAAGCUUCCAGCCCCACAUUGAGGACUGCGUGAAGCAGAUGGGGGACAUCCUGAGCCAGGUGAAGGGCACCGGGAAUGUCCCUGCCAGCGCCUGCAGCAGCGUUGCACAGGACGCCGACAACGUCCUUCAGCCCAUCAUGGACCUUCUGGACAGCAACCUGACCCUCUUUGCCAAGAUCUGUGAGAAGACGGUCCUGAAGCGGGUGCUGAAGGAGCUGUGGAAGCUGGUGAUGAACACCAUGGAGAAGACCAUUGUCCUCCCACCGCUUACAGACCAGACGAUGAUUGGAACGCUCUUGAGAAAACAUGGCAAGGGGACAGAGAAGAGCAGGGUGAAGCUGCCCAGUCACACAGAUGGCACCCAGAUGAUCUUCAAUGCAGCCAAGGAGCUGGGACAGCUGUCAAAACUGAAGGACCACAUGGUGCGUGAGGAGGCCAAAAGCCUGACCCCCAAGCAGUGUGCGGUGGUGGAGCUGGCACUGGACACCAUCAAGCAAUAUUUCCAUGCAGGAGGAGUUGGGCUGAAGAAAACCUUCCUGGAGAAGAGCCCCGACCUGCAGUCUCUGCGCUACGCCCUCUCCCUGUACACACAGGCCACUGAUCUGCUCAUCAAAACCUUUGUGCAGACACAGUCAUCUCAGGUCCAUGGUGGAAAAGGUAUUAGGUUUACCCUUAGUGAAGAAAUUUAUCCAGAGAAGGGAUCCGGCGUGGAUGACCCAGUUGGGGAAGUGUCCAUCCAUGUGGAGCUCUUCACACACCCUGGCACUGGGGAGCACAAGGUCACCGUCAAAGUGGUGGCUGCUAAUGACCUGAAGUGGCAGACAUCCGGCAUCUUCCGGCCCUUCAUCGAGGUCAACAUCAUUGGGCCUAGUCUCAGCGACAAGAAGAGGAAAUUCGCCACCAAGUCCAAGAACAACAGCUGGGCACCCAAAUACAACGAGAGCUUCCAGUUCACCCUAGGCAGCGAGACAGGCCCAGAGUGCUACGAGCUGCAGGUGUGCGUGAAGGACUACUGCUUCGCCCGUGAGGACCGCACCGUGGGCAUUGCCGUGAUGCAGCUCAAGGACAUCAUGCAGCGUGGCAGCUGUGCCUGCUGGCUGCCCCUGGGCCGGCGCAUCCACAUGGACGACACGGGCCUCACAGUCCUGCGUAUCCUCUCGCAGCGCAACAACGACGAGGUGGCCAAGGAAUUCGUCAAGCUCAAGUCAGACACGCGCUCAGCGGAAGAAGGCAGCAGUUAAGGCCCCCUCCCCAUAGUAGAGCCUCCCCCCCACCUCCAUGUUCCUUAUACAGCAUGCUCCAGCCAUGUAAAAGCCAUACAGAUCAUCUGACCAACCGCCCCUGUCCCCAGGUUAGGGAACAGAGCCCUACCCAGGACAGUCAUUGCCCAGAACCAAGGAUCCAGACACACUCCAGUGCCCCCCCACCCCUGCCCACAGGCUGUAGCGACGGCACUGGCUGAUCUAGAGCAGGGGCAGGGUAAGGGGGAAGCUUCCCUGCUGGAGGAAAUAUUAGCCUCUCCUGUGGCAGGGGCUGGAGUGCCUCUCCCCAGCCUGUUUCAACUGCAACAGACACCAGGAACAUGGGGUACCCAACUGUGAAGUCAGAGGGUGCUGUGGCCUUGUAGCAGGCUGUCCGACUCGGCAGGAAAGAUCCCAGGAGCUGCCAGGGACCGAGCCAAAUGAGACUCUCCCUUCGCAGCAGCAGUAAAGGGGUUCUGGUACAAGCAGCAGGGGCGCAGCAGCACUUGUCCAAGCCUCUGCACCCGUGGAAGCUCCUUCCCUAGCACUGGCUAGGAGCCAGGAAGGGACAAGCUGUGCAAGGGCUCUGGGGCGUCCUUAGCAGCUGCUGAAAAGAGCCGAUGAGGCACACUCAAGCCAGAGGCUCAGGCUGCAACCCCUGCCUGGGAAGCUCAGCAAACUGCUGUGCAUGAGGCUCAGGGCAGCAUAGACUAAGGCCAGGUAAGAGGGCAGGGCAAGAGUGCUGGCACCAGCCGUGGCUGAAGGGAGAUGGGCUCAGGCAGUGGCAGCAGGCAGAGGAGGCAAGGGCUGUCUGAGCAUCCUCCACUGCAAGGCACACGAGCACUGGGCCAGGGAGAACGAUUCUGGCUGACCCUAGGGCCAGCUUCCUUCCCGCCAGCCCCUACAAUGGGGGUGGGGAUUGCUGCUGGCAGCCCCUGUGCCAAGAUGCCUAUUAAUCCUCAUAGCAGCAGCAUUAAGCCAUUGCUGUGGUCCUGGAGCAGAGACCUGUUGGGAGAGGGGGAUACCAGGGCUUGGCUUUGAGCCCUUGUGGGCUGUGCCUGAGAGCACAAGUGGCCACAAGGCCAGUCCCCAGGCUGACAGGGCACACAGCACUGCUUACAGCCCCAUUGGCAAGUGCAGAGGGAAGAGGAGGCUGAGGUCUCCUUUUAGGAAAGAGCAAGAAAGAAAAAACUGCUGCCACACCAAGGGAGAGGACACUCACCCCGCAGUGGCAGUCUGGCACCUGCCACAGCCAGCAGGCAGCAUGUAAAGAUGGUCCCUGCUUCAAAGGACAGUGAUGACUACUGGGCUUCCAGAGGGGAUCAAUCCCCUACCCCUCCUGUUGCCACAUCCAGCUGGGUGAGGUACCUAGAAGAGGACUGGGUCCUCACUACCCCCUCUCCUUUCCCCACCACUCAGUCGAGUGGAUUUUUUGAGUGGGGAAAACUAAGCUCAUGACCUAGUGUCCUGCCCCGGUACCACUGCCAUUGCCUUGAUCUGAGCCUAGGAGCAGUGGGGGCUGUUGCUGUGGGGAUAUGGCUGCCUGAACAGCACUUAGAAACCCAGCAGCCAUGUGCAGGAUGCACAGGCCCAGCCUGCUGAGCAGCGUCUAGAAGCCUUGGACCCUGGGCAGCUGCUAUAGCCUCCACACUACACCAUCACUCAAGGCCCUGCCACGCCCUGGCUGGAGGCAGGAGUAAAGGUCUGAGCAGGGCAGGGUGCAAGAGCCAGACCUCCUCCCCUUCCACAGCAGCAUCCAGGCAGUGGGCCACUGCUCAGAGCCCUGGCAGGGCCCAGCAGCACCUCUACUUCAGUGACAGCCCAGUCCUCCCCUUGCCCUCCCCACGGGUAGGUAGCCAUGGUCCCACCAGCAGCUGACCCAGGAGCAGGGAGAGCUCAGCCGCUGCUCUGGCUUUGGUGCGGGUUAGAGCCUUGUGGUCCACUCCAGACCAUGCAUUGUAGCCAUAGCAGCACCCAGGCACCAGGGCGAGGGGGACAGGGGAAUCCUCCAUCCA